UAUUCCUUCUGCAUAAUUGCGUUGAAUAAGAUGUUAAUAAAAUCUUGAGCAAUGGCUGUUGAAGCAAAGGCAUUAUAAUGUUCAGCACCUUUCUGACAAUGGUUUUAAAAGGAUUUAUGAUUUUUAUUGGAUGAAAACAAAAGACGGAGAACUUUAUCAAAUUAAGGCAAUCGGACAGAACAUACAUAACUGCUUCAAGGCGUGACAGCUCUUCUCUGACUAUUAUCUUGAAUUACAUUUGGACUUUUACAGUUAUGAAGGGUUCCGGGCUGGAGUAGUGACAAAGUGGAUUGAAUUACAGAGGCAUGGCAUCAGUAAUGCCUACCAAACCCGAACAGCAGAAACCUGUUCCUAUACAGGAACUAGAGAUUUCUCCCGACACAUUGUCUUUCACCCAAGGUAAGGAUGCGAAGAAUAUAAAAAUCAAACAAUUUCUAUGCGUCCGCAAUGUCAUACCGAAAACGAACUUAUAUCAAGCAAUCCUUUUGGAGAACAGGAGCCAGGAUCGACAUUUACAAAGGACGUUAUCGAGUUUGUCAACAAGACAGCUCAAACAUGCCAAUUCUUUUGAUCUCACCGCGAGGACUUUUAUGGCCAUGCAAGAAAGAAAGCAGAAAAAGUGGAAAAGGGAAGAUGAGUUGAGACUAUCUAGUAUGAAUCUUCCAAGUCUGCAAGGAUCAGAGAAUUUAACCCCAAAUUUGGAUGUGAUGUAUCACAUGCCUGAAUACUCAACGACAACAAAACAGAAACGUGGAAAAUCUCGAGAAAAGGAGAAAACAAAAUUUCCCAAAAUGCCAUACAAUAUCCGACGUGAACAAACUGAAAUUGUAACUUACCACGAUAAAACCUAUAUGACGAAAUUACCAGAAAUGGUUGAGGUUGAUCAAGAUGCGCUUCAACACUAUGACAUGUAUCGUGGAAAGAAAUAUCUGAGUGCUGGUGCUUCUAAAACUGAUGACAGAUUCAAACACCUCACACAAACAUUGAAACCUGCUCAUUUGAAGGAUUUGGACAAGUAUCCUCUUGAAAAUGCAACAAGUAAGAGUCGUCUUUCUAAGUACAGCAGUUCCUCUCGAGUUUCCUCCAGAGAAUCUGACGAUGAUAACGUGUUUUCCCGCCACAUGGCAUCCAAACCGAGGCCGAGUUGGAUGCUUACUCGUCCUGAGACAUGUUCUGACGUAGUAGAAGGAACAUUCACCCAGGGAACCAAACCCAGAAGGGAGAUAACUGUGUCUUUUGAAGACCAACCAAAGAAAGCCAAACGAAGCGAAGAAAUCCUUGAGUCAUUUAGAACUAUGGAUGUGAAAAAAUUAGCGAAAUCUAUUUUGAAAGAUAAGAAAGAAAAUACAAACACUGAUGAGCAAGAAGCAGAGCCUACAGAGGAAAAUACAGCAGGCGAUAACAAAAAAGUGUUUGUCCCGGGAGUUAAUGUGUACUAUUCAACAAGCAAGGGACAAUGAAAAGGACGUAUGCAACAGUUAACAUAUUGUAACAUCUUUCCCCCUCUCUCUCUCUCUCUCUCUCUCUCUCUCUCUCUCUCUCUCAAUUUCUAGGCUAAGAAACUGUUCUUUCUUAUUAUUUGAAUUAAUAGCUUAAUGUUCUUUAAAUCCCAAUAAACUGUUUUGCUACCUUCAUAUGACUAAGCGUUUACUGGCACACGCAAGUCUUUUCUGUAAUCCAGUUCAAUACAAGGGUAUUGAACAAUGUACCGUGUAACUUAAAACUCGGCUGCUUACUUUGAUUUGUAUAUUUUACAUCAAAAGGCAUGUUCUGAGGUAAUGAGUAUGUUGUUGUUUCUGAGUUUAAUGUCAGAUUUCAAUAGUAUGAUACUAUAGAGACCGUGAACUAGCUUUGAAAGCAUUGUCAUGAGCAUAUAAUGCCAAAUCCGUGUGUUUGUUGGAGAAGUACAUAUGCAUUUCAAUCUGUUUGCACAGAAAUGUGAAAACUAUUUUUAUGUGUGACGACCCUAAAAAUGUUAAAUUUUAAAGGAAUAAAUCUUAAUUAUAU